GCUGCUUCAGCGUGAAGAUGGUAGGCAGUCUGUGUGCCCGUAAGUUGGCUCGGCGAUCACGGUCUGCGUUAAUAGCGGCACUAACUGUGCUACUAAUUCAGACACUUAUUGUAUGGAACUUCAGUAGCCUGGACACGGGGGAAGACAGGGAAGACGGUGGCAACGGCAGAGAGAAGCGAGACCGAAUCGGUAUCAACAAAGCCUACAGCGAGUAUCCGAAAAGCGGCUUCCAGCGAAGACAUCAUCAACCACCACUGGGAAAGGCAGCCGUUCGGCAUAAGCAGCAACCGGAUGGCUAUCACUCCCAUCGGCCGAAGGAGAAAGUCCGGGUGGACAGCAACAACGAGAACUCGGUGCCCAAAGACUUUGAGACCAUUGACAACAGUAACUUUGGGGCGGCGCGGGCGCAGACGCAGAGCCAGCGGCAUGCUGCAGGGGGCGCCGCGGGCACUGGUGGCGCUGGUGUGGGCGGCGGAGGUGCGGGCAGCAGCAAGCGCAAGCAGCUGCUCCUGGAGCGGGCACACGCCCAGCAGAACCUGGCCAAGGGCUCCAACGAGGUCAUCCAGUACGGCCAGAAGUACGGCAUGACCGCGGCCGCCAUCGGCGGCGGUGGUGGACGCAACCGCAGCGCACCCCUCCACGUCGCGGGCGGGGCAGGUCCGCGCACGACCAGGCCGAACCCUGGACACGCGGCCACCCAGCCGCACCGGCACCACCGACCACAGCCGGCGGUUCAGACCAGGCGCACGGUGGCGCCCCCGCUGGCCGAACUGCGCUACGACCAGCCACCCAAGUGCGAGAUCAGUGGCAAGGAGGCCAUCUCGGCCCUGUCGCGCGCCAAGACCAAAGAGUGCCGGCAGCAGAUCGCCGAGGUGUACUGCCGCCACAAGGAGGGAAAACUGAUGCCCGAGAAGGUCACUCGCUACUGCCCUAUAGAGGGCAAGGCCAACGUGAACGUGCAGUGGGAUGAGGACUCGGUGGAGAGCGCCCCAGCCGUGCCCGUUCGCAUCGCCUUCAUGCUGGUGGUCCACGGUCGCGCCACGCGCCAGGUCCAGCGCCUCUUCAAGGCCAUCUACCACACCUCGCACUUCUACUACAUCCACGUGGACAUGAGGUCCAACUACCUGCACAGAGAGAUGCUGGCGCUGGCCGCCCAGUACCCCAACGUGCGCGUGACCACCUGGCGCAUGUCCACCAUCUGGGGGGGCGCCAGCCUGCUCAGCAUGUACCUGCAGGCCAUGGCUGACCUGCUGGCCAUGAAGGACUGGGCCUGGGACUUCUUCAUCAACCUCAGCGCUGCCGACUACCCCAUCAGGACCAAUGAUCAGCUGGUGGCCUUCCUGUCAAAGUACCGUGACAUGAACUUCAUCAAGUCCCAUGGAAGAGACAAUGCACGCUUCAUCAGGAAGCAGGGCCUGGACCGGCUGUUCUUCGAGUGUGACACCCACAUGUGGCGCCUGGGGGACCGGAAGAUUCCGGAAGGCGUCUCGGUGGACGGUGGCUCGGACUGGUUCCUGAUGAACCACGUGUUUGUGGACUACGUCAUCAACUCACAGGACGACCUGGUGACCAAUAUGAAGCGCUUCUACGCCUACACACUCCUACCUGCAGAGUCGUUCUUCCAUACGGUGCUGGAGAACAGCCCCCACUGUGAGAGCAUGGUGGACAACAACCUACGCAUCACCAACUGGAACCGCAAGCUGGGCUGUAAGUGCCAGUACAAGCACAUCGUGGACUGGUGCGGCUGCUCGCCCAACGACUUCAAGCCGUCCGACUUGCCGCGCUUCCAGCAAACGACACGGCCAACCUUCUUUGCCCGUAAGUUCGAGGCCAGCGUCAACCAGGAGAUCGUCAACCAGCUGGACGCCUUCCUGUUCGGUGGCUUCCCUCAGGGCACGCCGGGUCUGCGCGCCUACUGGGAGAACAUCUUCGACGAGCCAGACGGCGUGCGCAGCCUGACGGACACGCAGCUCACGCACUACCACGCCUUCGCCCGCAUGGGCCUCUCCCGAGCCGCCGGCUCCCUGCAGGGAGAGCCAAGCGACAACAGCUGCAGGUACUUUGCCAUGGGGAACCCAGUGUCCGUCCACUUGUACUUCCUGUCGGACGAGUUCCAGGGUUACCUGGUGCGGCACCACGCCACCAACCUGGCAACCAGCAAGCUGGAGACCCUGGAGACGUGGGUCAUGCCCCGAAAAUUCUUCAAGUUCUCCCACCCCCCCAACAGCUUCACUCGGCUCCAGCAUGCAGAGAUCGGGACAGAUUGGGACGCUAAGGAGCGCCUCUUCCGUAACUUCGGGAACCUGAUGGGUCCGUCGGAGGAGCCCGUGGGCAUGCAGCGCUGGGGCAAGGGUCCCAACGUCACGGCGACGGUCGUCUGGGUGGACCCCACCAACGUGAUCGCGGCUACCUACGACAUCCUGGUGGACGCGGGGUCGGAGUUCACGCACUACCGGCCGCCCCUCAACGCGCCGCUGCGGCCGGGCAUGUGGACGCUGCGCGUGCUGCACCACUGGAACCCCGUGGCCGAGACGCGCUUCCUCAUCACGCCCCUCACACACCACAGACACCAGCCCAUACGCAAAGAGGAUGCCCUGAAGCUGCACAACGGGCCAGCCAAGAACAGCUACAUGGAGCAGAGCUUCCACGGCCUCAACCCCAUCCUCAACAUCCCCGUGCACCUGGGUCAAGUGGAGGCGGCCGAGCAGCAUGCGGGGCUGACCGGCCCGGAGCUGGAGCGCUGGGUGGACGGCCUGGUAGCCGAGGUGUGGUCGGCCGUGGACGUCUGCAGCGCCGGACCCAGCCCCAGUGGCUGCCCUGUGCUUCAGGCCUGCCGCAACACCCCCUGGAGCUCCCUCAGUCCCGACCCCAAGUCCCGCGUGGGGCCCGCGGGGAGCGACGGGCGCAUCAGGUAGCAGCCGUGACUGGACAGGACGAGAUGGGGGGGCCUCCGGUUCCAGUUCCUACUGCUGUCGCUGCUUUCGCUGACGAUGUGUGUGUUUUGUCGGCGCUGUGGCUUCUUCACGGGAUGGCUUCUCUCUUCUGACAUGUUUUUGUUUUGUUUUGUUGUCGUUGCUGUUGUCGUUUUUUGUUUUUUAUUUAUUCAACUGUUCUUCUCGACCAUUGCUUGUGCAGAGUUUAUGCAGAGCAGCCCAUCUCCCUCUCCCCUCGCAGAACGCUGUUAAUGUUGACUAUAUAUGUUGACUAUAAGAGGGGCAAAAAGAAAACACACACACACACACACACACAUACACACACUUAUACAGCAGCCAGUUGUUCUUAUGAUGUAACUGCUGUUUGUCCAUGAGCUAAGUGCAUUCUGCUUUAGGCAGGCUGAAAGAAUGCUGUCGUCAGUUUUUUUAGUCCCUUUUUAAUUCCUUUUCUUUUUAAUUUAUUGUAGUUUGAUUACUAAAGAAACUGUGAUUUGCUGAGCGGGUCUGGGGCUGACUGAUGCAAGGUUUGGUGUGUAAUAGAUAAAAAGAGAGCUCUUACAUAAUAAUAAGCACAGGAAGGAGCGUUUCCACACUGGCCAAUGUGACCAAAAUCAAGCCCCCUGCACCAGAAAGCCUCUUAUCUAUCUAGAUAUGUUCAAGAGCAGAACACUGCGACCAGACAGCCUCUAUCUAGAUAUGUUCAAGAGCAGAACACUGCGACCAGACAGCCUCUAUCUAGAUAUGUUCAAGAGCAGAACACUGAGGCUGGAAAGCCUCUAUCUAGAUGUGUUCAAGAGCAGAACACUGCAACCAGACAGCCUCUAUCUAGAUAUGUUCAACAGCAGAACACUGAGGCUGGAAAGCCUCUAUCUAGAUGUGUUCAAGAGCAGCACACUGCGAUUAGAAAGCCUCUAUCUAGAUAUGUUCAAGAGCAGCACACUGCGACUAGAAAGCCUCUAUCUAGAUAUGUUCAAGAGCAGCACACUGCGACUAGAAAGCCUCUAUCUAGAUAUGUUCAAGAGCAGCACACUGCGACUAGAAAGCCUCUAUCUAGAUGUGUUCAAGAGCAGAACACUGCGGCCAGUCGUAGGCUACAAUCCAGAGAAAGAGUUGAGCGGACGGAAGAGGCAUUGGUGCUGCACUGCUGUAGUUCAGCGCUGGUUUGCUGCAGUAGUGGCGGCAGCAGCAGCGCUCCCUGUUCGCUUCCUGUUCGCCCUCAGGCUCCUCUCUCUUUCACGCUCCAAAUCGACGUGAGAUGAGCAGGGCGAGUGAAAGAAAGAAGAGGGGAAAGAUGUGGCGAGAGAGAGAGAGCGAAAGAGAGCUUCCGUUUGCUUGUUUUUAGCGACGCGGCGGGUGCCGCACAGAAGCGAAGCAGGAGAUCCUGCGGAGUAGGAGGCGUCCAGACGCAAGCGCCGUGGUGGUGUGCGAUGUGCUGCCGGCGACGUCACAGGCACCAAGCACAGAAGCGGCCUCCCCUUUCCUCUCCUCUCCUCUCUCCUCUCCUCUCUCCUCUCCUCUCCUCUCCCCUCUCUCCUCUCCCAUCUCUCCUCACUUCUCCUCUCUCCUCUCCUCACUUCUCCUCUCUCCUCUCCUCUCUUCUCCGUUGUCUGCCGCUGGUCUGCGUUGGCCGCCUGGAACUUAAAAUGCUGCGUGUCAGCUGUGCUGGCACUCCUGAAGGGAAGACAUUUCAAGUUUUGUUCUUUGACAACUAGUAUUCUAUUCUAUUUUAUUUUAUAUUAUUUCUUGCCUUUUUGGAUAUCCCUUAAGCAGAAGUAUGAGUGUGUAGGAGUGAGAAUAGUGUGUUGGCUAUUUAUUCAUGUGUUUAUAUAAAUGAAAUAGCUACUUUUUUAGUCAAUGACUAAUGUCUAUAUGCUGUUUUUGCAGCUCGUUCAAUACCUUUUGUAACCAAUCUGCCUUUAUUUAAAAAGGCCCUCACCCCUCCCAACCUUGUAACUAUGAUAAAACACACCUCGAUCUCGUGGCGCACCGUAACUCCUUCACUAGUGUUGUGUUUUUGUACACUGGUUGGCAUUCUUCUCAAGCACAUUUCAUUACCCUGUUUGAAGAGCCAGUGGGGGGGCCAACCGUUUGAUCUUUUUAAGACCAGCCGCUUAACGUGUCUGGUUGCGUUGCCUGUCAUUGCCGACUGUGAGUCUGUGUGUAUGUGUGUGUGUGUGAGUGAGCACCUAUAAUUCCCCUGGCCUGGUGGCUACCGUAGUCUCUAUUCUCUGCUAGAAAAUUGGUACGGAAAAUCAGCUGGGCUAGUCGUUUUGCACAUAUGCAGUUUGUUCUUUUCCGUGUCGGUGAGUUGAGCUGGAACAGAACGGUGCAGAACGGGCCUAUACUCCCUAUUUCACUCCCUCCUCUCGGAGAGUUGCACAGCAUCGUAGGCUAGCCCUUGACAAGAGAAACGUAGAAGGACAGCCCGAAAUACCCAGGAUUACUAACGCCCUAGAAUAAUGACAGGCCCUUCUGUAAGUUUCCGUCUAUUCAGCUUUUAUUUUUAGCAGGGGAGAUUUCAAGCUUGCUUGGACUCUUUUAAAAUUCUAUUUGGCAAGGCUACCGUUACCCCAAUUCCUAAAAGUGGAGGCAGGCGUGGGGGAGGGGUGGAGUGUACAAAAGCGAUACGUUUGCACAUUUAGCUUUUCGGCUCAGUCUGUUCAUUAGGGUGUGGUCUGUAGGCCGGUUCAUCUGACCUCUGUGGCCCCUGAGGUCCUUUCUUCGUGGCACAGACCUCGUUCUCUUUUUCCUCUCAGAUUGGCAAUUCCUCUGCCUCUCCACCACCCCCAGUCGUUUUUUUUGUUUGUUUUUCGAUGCCACAUUUUGAGUAAGGUGUCGGCGUUGACAUGUGAUCCAAUGGAGGACGACCACCUCCAGUGAAAAAACAAGAAAACACUCGUCGUGUCAGAUGUGUGAGUUACUCUCCGUGGGGUGCCUGGCAGUGAAGACUUGAGAUAUGACUCUUUUUACAGAUUGAAAAAAAAAAAAACAUACACAGGAACUUUGGAUCCCUUCUAUGCUUGUCUGAGUAGUGUUCAUCGGUACUGUAUUAUUGUGUGGAAAAAAAAGGUGAAAAAUAUUUGAUGGAAAAACAACAAACAAGACAUUGAAGAAAAAAAUAUAAAGAUUAAUGAAGAUAAAACAGUGACUAUUCAUCUCAUCUGCUUUGGGUUUAAGGCCUCUACCAUACGCCAGGGUCCUGGAGGUCGCUGGUUUAAUGAUCUUUGUCAUUGAGGUUCGGCUCUACAGCAGACAAUGUCAGUCCAGCACACACACACACACACAUAUACACAACUAACUGACCAGCUGUGCAUAUGUACACACACACACAGCCAACUCUGGACCAGAUAAAGUCCACCACAACUUACCUCUUUGAAAGAACACACGCAUACACACCAACACACACAAACACACAAGUAGACCGUUUUUUGCGUGCGUGCUCACGGUUUCAAUGAGUGAACAAAUGCUCAAACAUCUUAUGUACUAUAGCUAUUUUGUUAGGAAUGAUAAAUGUAAGACAUAUUUUGUAAUGGACAGAUGUUUUUUUAAAAAAGAAAGAAAAAAGUAUUGUAAAUAACCUUAAGUUAAAAUGUCAAAAGUGUCCAAAUAUGAAUCUAGAGUCAGUCUUAGUAUUUGGCACUGAAGAUUGUAGAUAUCUUAACUGAAAUACUUGGAGGGGCAGUGAGAAAGCAUUGUCAGAAUUGGAUGUGAUAUUUUAUUAUUUUAUUAUUAUUAUUUUUCCUUUUUAAAGAGCUCUU